AUGAUCCGAAAUUCCAACCAACACCGCAGGUUCUAUUACACAAACGAGGCAGAGCUCGCCGGCGACGACGGAGGAUGUCUCGGGGUAUACAGGUGUCGCUGCCGACCAUUCCAAGACGUCGGACGGAGAGACCGCGUCAAGCGGUUGGCCCUUGAUCCCGCAGCUCGUCGGCAUGACCGGUCAAUUGUCAAGCUGCGUGUGCUCUUUUACGUGUCCGUUGUAACUUGCUGCGCUGUUCGCUUCUUUCCGCUUUGGCCGCACCCUUCGCCCCAACGUCCGUCACGAGCAGAGAGGCUCACGGAGGCAGUCGCCGUCACAGCCGCGAAUCUGACUCGACACAGCAACUUGUGUUUGUGCGUGGUGCAACAUGCUCUUGUUCGGGAAGCGUCCGAUGUUCGUCAACCUACAACAUAA